AUGACCUCACAUUCCUUAGAAGUGUAUGGUAAAGGUACUGCUGUAUGGUGGCCUGAUGACAAAAUUGGCUGGAUAAGCGCUCAAUUGUCAUCAAAAGAAGUUAGCAGUGAUGACGAAUUAAUUGUCACAACUACUUUACAAAAACUUGAAAAAUCAAAUAAUGCCGAAUUACCACCUCUUCGCAAUCCUCCUAUGCUUGAAGAUGUUGAUGACUUGACAAGUUUAUCUUAUCUUAAUGAACCUGCAGUACUUCACACAAUCAAAAUAAGAUAUCUUCAAAAUAUUAUUUAUACCUAUUCUGGUAUAGUUUUAAUCGCAACAAACCCUUUUCAAACUGUUCCCUUGUAUUCCCAAGAUAUAAUCAAUGCAUAUUCUGGUAAACGUUGUGGAGAAUUAGAGCCACAUUUAUUUGCCAUUGCUGAAGAUGCUUAUAGAUGUAUGUUGAGAGAAGAAAAAAAUCAAACCAUUGUUGUAUCAGGAGAAAGUGGUGCUGGUAAAACAGCUAGCGCCAAGUACAUAAUGAGAUAUUUCGCAUCAGUAGACGAUAAAGAAAAACCAAAAAGUGCAAAAAAAGUAUCCAGUAAUCCAUCUGGAAUGAGUGAGGUUGAAGAACAAAUUAUGGCCACUAAUCCCAUUAUGGAAUCUUUUGGUAAUGCAAAAACUACAAGAAAUGAUAACAGUUCUCGUUUUGGAAAAUAUUUAGAGAUUUUAUUUGAUAUAAAUCAAAACAUUAUUGGUGCCAAAAUUAGAACAUAUUUAUUAGAACGAUCCAGAUUAGUUUAUCAACCAGAGUCAGAAAGAAAUUAUCAUAUUUUUUAUCAGAAUUUGGAACUUGGUGAUUAUUCUCAAUUUCAUUAUUUGAGACAAGGCGGUCAUGGAACAAUAAAUGGAGUUGAUGAUGCACAAGACUUUGAGAUUACUCAAAAAUCAUUAUCUAGGAUAGGGAUAACAAUUCAAGUUCAAUGGCAAAUUUUUAGGCUCUGCGCUGCUCUUUUACAUCUUGGCAAUAUUCAAAUCACUGCAAGUCGUGAUAUGGCCGUGAUUUCAGAUACUGAUCAAGCUUUAGUAACUGCUACAAAGUUACUUGGCAUAGACAAAGCAGAGUUCAGAAAAUGGACUGUCAAGAAACUAAUUGUCGCACGAACUGAAAAGAUUUCUACAGAUUUAAAUGAACAACAAGCCACAGUUGUCAGAGAUUCGGUGGCAAAAUAUAUAUAUGCUAAUUUGUUUGAUUGGCUUGUUUACAUUAUUAAUGAAAGUUUAUGUAGUGAUGAUAUAACUCAAAAUAUAAAAAGUUUUAUUGGUGUCCUUGAUAUCUAUGGGUUUGAACAUUUUGAGAAAAAUUCUUUUGAACAAUUCUGUAUUAAUUAUGCAAAUGAAAAAUUACAACAACAGGAGUAUAUUCGUGAAAAAAUUAAUUGGAAUUUUAUUGAUUUCAGUGACAAUCAACCAUGCAUUGAAUUAAUAGAAGGAAAAAUAGGAGGAAAAUUAGGUAUUCUUACUCUUUUGGAUGAGGAAAGUCGUUUACCAUCUGGUACAGAUAGCUCUUGGUGCAACAAAUUAUAUCAACACUUUAAUACACCUGCAUAUGAAAAAUAUUUUCGGAAACCAAGAUUUGAAAAUGAUGCUUUCACAAUUAAUCAUUAUGCAAAUGAGGUCACCUAUGAUGCUGAAAAUUUUCUUGAAAAAAAUAGAGACACUGUACCAGAUGAACAUCUUAAUUUAUUAAAAAAGACAAAUUUUGAAUUCUUGGAAGAAAUACUCAACAUAACAUCUCCUCCAAGUUCUCCUGUAACUGGCAAGCCUGAAAUAAGACGUACAAGCUUACCAACUGGAAAAAAAACAACUUUAGGUUCAAUAUUUAAGAAAUCCUUGAUUAAUUUGAUGGAAACAAUCAGUUCAACAAAUGUGCACUACAUUCGUUGCAUUAAACCAAAUGAGAGUAAAGUAGCAUGGAAAUUUGAACCUCAGAUGGUUCUUUCUCAAUUAAGAGCCUGUGGUGUUUUGGAAACUAUUCGUAUUAGUUCUGCUGGUUAUCCAACUCGUUGGUUAUUUGAUGAAUUUGUUCAAAGAUAUUAUAUGCUUGUCCAUUCAUCAAAAUUGGGCCCAGACACAAAAAAAAUAUGUUCAAUAAUUCUAGAUUCUUCAAUCAAACAAGCUGAUAAAUAUCAAGUGGGCUUAACUAAACUAUUUUUCCGUGCUGGAAUGCAUAGGAAAAGAUAUCAAACAACUAGAACAUCCAUUAUUACAAUUCAAUCAUUAUAUCGACGUCGUAAGGCUAUACAAGAGCUUCGACGAUUACGUGAAAAAAGAGCUGCUAUUACAAUUCAAAAAUAUUGGAGAGGUGAUAUUCAAAGAAAACGAUAUUUACGUGCCAAAAAUGCAAUUUACAAAUUGCAAACUGUUAUCCGUGGUGUUAUUGCAAGGAAAAGAUAUUAUGAGAUGCUUUGUAAUAUUUCUGCAACUAAAAUUCAAGCUGUAUAUCCUAGAACUGAACUCAAAAAGUUGAAAAUUGAAGCACGUUCUGCAACUCAUUUCAAGGAAGUUUCGUAUAGACUGGAAAACAAAGUUAUUGAGCUUACUCAAAAUUUGGAACAAAAAGUUCAAGAAAAUAAGGAUCUUGAGUUGAGAACUAGUAUGUUAGAAAAUCAAAUCAAAUCUAUGUUUGAAAGAUAUGAGAAAUUGGAAAGUGAUUCAAAGAAUUUCAAAAAUGAAACAUCACGGUCCACUGUUAGAGUUGAAGAAUUUAAAGUACUGCAAACUGAAAAAGAAACUUUAGAAAAUCGGUAUCGCACAUCAUUGGACAGCAUCAAAAAACAAGAUACAGAAAUACAAAAACUCACAAAUGAAAUCAGUAAAAAAGAUGAAGAAGUUGCCAAACUUCGUGCAACUAAUGCUAAAUACAAGGGUACAGAAGAUCCUGCCACUGUUCUUGGACUGAAACAAGAGAUAGCUGCUUUAAGAGAACAAUUGGCUAAGGUUAAGACUGCUGGUAUAAGGGGAACAUCCCCGCCUCCAUCAUAUCAACAUCGUCAAGAAAUUGGUUACUUAACUGCUGCUAAUAAUUCAUCUCUUAAGCCUCCAACAUCUCAGAAACGAAGAAAUCGAAGGCAUAGUACUGCUGAUUCUUGGGGUCCUACUGAAGUUGCUAAAAGAAAAAAUAGAACAUCAACUGAUUUGGUAAUGGCUGAAAUCAAAAAAGGUGGUCUAAGACCAGUUUCUGUACCACACACAAAUACAAAUAUUCCAAAAAUUCGAUCUCGAUCUCCAGGUGGACGAAUUCAUUUAUCAAACAUUGAAGAUGAUCCAGAAGAAGAGGAGUUUGAAGGUGAUGAUGCAAUUCUUCCAGGUGCUUUUUGGUUGUCUAAUGUACAUGAAUUAUUAUCAUUUGCCAAUGCAACUGAAAAAGAUACGCUUCGUGGAGUAAAUCCUUUAGUAGAUCCCAAUGAUAAAGACUUUGAAUGGCAUGAUUAUGAAAGAUUAGUAUCGAUUGUUAAGCAUGAUUUGGAAAGUUUAGAGUAUAAUAUUUAUCAUACUUGGAUGAAAGAACUUAAGAAACGAUUGUCUAAGAUGAUCAUUCCAGCUGUUAUUGAAAGUCAAUCAUUACCUGGAUUCAUAACUAGUGAAAGCCGUUUCGUUGCCAAACCUGCCGCGGGUCCUACACCACCUGCAUUCAGCAUGGAUGAUCUGCUUAAUUUUUUGAAUAAAGUAUGGAAAUCAAUGAAAUCUUAUUAUGUUGAACUGUUAGUUAUUCAACAAGUGGUCAUUGAGUUGUUGAAAUUAAUUGGUGUAUCAUCAUUCAAUGAUUUGUUAAUGAGAAGAAGUUUCUGUUCAUGGAAGAGAGCUAUGCAAAUUCAAUAUAAUAUUACUAGAAUAGAGGAGUGGUGUAAGAGUCAUGAAAUGCCUGAAGGCACACUUCAAUUAGAACAUCUUACCCAAGCUACUAAACUACUUCAACUCAAAAAGGCAACACCAAGUGACAUUGAAAUUAUUUAUGAUGUAUGUUGGAUGUUAACUCCAACACAAAUUCAAAAACUUAUAAAUCAUUACUUUGUUGCUGAUUAUGAGAAUCCAAUCAGUCCUGAAAUUUUGAAAGCAAUAGCGGGUCGAGUGGUUCCUAAUGAUAAAAAUGAUACUUUCUUUUUUGAAGAAGUAAGGAGGAUUGGAGCCCAAGGUUAUAUCCCAAAUGAGACAGAUGUUUUACGUGCAAGAACAAAGACCACAGGAAUAAUGGAAACGAGGUUUAAUAUGGGUCAAUUAAGCAUACAUAUGUUUGAUGUGGGAGGUCAAAGAUCAGAAAGAAAAAAAUGGAUUCAUUGUUUUGAAGCAGUCACAUCAAUCAUUUUUUGUGUUGCGCUUAGUGAAUAUGAUCAAGUUUUACUAGAAGAAUCUGGACAGAAUCGUAUGAUAGAAAGUCUUGUAUUGUUUGAAUCAGUGAUUAAUACAAUAGCGGGUCGAGUGGUUCCUAAUGAUAAAAAUGAUACUUUGUUACUUGACACAACACCAUUAGAAGAUUCUGGGCCAUUUGAAGUUCCAACUCCACGUGAAGUUCACCCGCAUGAUAACUACUUACCGGCUUGGCUAAAUUUACCACAUUUAAAGCGUAUUGGAGCUUUAUCGGCUAAAUCAAAAUAA